AUGAUCGUCGACACACGUUAUAGUCCAAUUAAUGAGAUCUUCUUUUGGAUUCAAUUUGCAUCGGGUGUCAUUUCGCAAACUGUCGCGACCGCUGCCUGUAGUUUGACUGCCGUUUUGGCAGUACAUGCUUACGGCCGUCUGGAAAUUCUCAUGCAGUGGAUUUUGCAUUUAGUGGACGGGAGAGAGGAUUUUUCUAAUAACGUGGACGAGAGGCUAGCCAUAAUUGUGCGACAACAUGUGCGAAUUUUGUAUUUUAUUAAGUUAACAGAAAAAGUAUUACGCCAGAUAUCUCUUGUGGAAGUUGUAGGAUGUACGUUGAACAUAUGUUUCACUGGAUAUUCCACAAUUAUGGAAUGGGAUAACGACUUUGUAAUAUAUAUAACAUACAUUGUUCUGUUUAUGAAUUUCACCUUCAAUCUUUUCGUAUUUUGUUAUAUAGGUGAACUUGUUGCCGAGCAGAGCAAGAGAGUUAGUGAAAUAUCAUACAUGAUCGAUUGGCAUCGUCUACCAGGAAGGAAAGCUCUGGCUGUUAUACUAAUGAUUGCGAUGUCCAAUUCAUCAGUUAAACUUACUGCUGGGAAUAUCAUUGAGUUAUCUAUGAUCAGUUUUGGUGAUGUGAUUAAGACAUCGGUUGCCUAUUUAAAUAUGUUACGUACACUUACUACUUAA